AUGGACUAUAAAGAAGAGCAACAGAACGAAAUCGAUGCAUUGGACUCCAUAUACUGUGGUGAAAUGAUAAUUUCAGGUUCAGAUCCUUAUUACCAAUUCGAAAUACCAGUUAAAUCAGACGAGUUCGAUAGUGUUCAGCAUGAUAUUGGCCUGUCAUGUUGUUUAAAAUUUGAGUAUGUUGAAAAAUAUCCCGAUGAUCCACCCAUUGUAGAAAUUGAAGAUGUUGUUGGUUUUGAAGAACAAGAAGACGAACUAAAAGAGUAUUUAAUACAACAAGCUCAGGAUAAUGUUGGGAUGGUGAUGAUAUUUACUCUGGUAUCGGCAGCACAAGAAUGGAUGAAUAACUAUUCAGAUAGUGAAAAACAAAGAAAAAUAGACGAUGAUGAUAAAAGACGCGAAAAAGAAAUGGAAGCCGAAUUAAAACGUUUCGAAGGCACCAAAGUUACAGUUGAAUCAUUUUUACGGUGGAAGUUCAACUUUGAAGAAGACAUGGGAGUUUUAAAGAAACGAAAUGAAGAGGAAAAAAAUAAGAAACUUACUGGACGUGAAUUAUUUAUGACUGAUAAAUCACUUAAUGAAUCAGACUUAAAAUUCUUAGAAGAAGGAGAUUCGGUGAAAGUUGAUGAAUCAUUAUUUGAAGAAAUAGAUGAUCUGGAUAUUGGAGAUGCUGCAAGUUCUGAUGAUAGUUGA